AUGGUAGAGAAGAACAUUGCACAGCAAGAUGCAAAUGAUUCUUCAUUGUCUUCUGAUAAUAUAUCAGAAAUGGAUGGUGGCGAGUCGCCUAUUAUGGUGGAUGUGCUGUCUCCUCUGGCAGAAAUGAGUGUUGAGCCAGCACAUAAGAGAAGCCGAAGAUUGUAG